AUGCUCGAGCUCCAGCCGGAUUCUCGACGCCAUUCGUCCUCGCAUCGCCCUAGCGAUGCAUCAUCCUCUAGUCGUCAGGCACCUCGAGCCGCGAUCUACCGACUUUUGAACGAAGAGAGUGCCCCUGUACCACAGGAGCGGUACACUUACACCCUGUACUCAUCCUCCGUUGCCGCCAUUGGUGCCGGAGGGAUCACCCAGUGUAUUGGGUCGGCCAGCGCGUUCGGAACUUCGCCCAGUCUCCACCCUCCUGGUUUGGCCCCCGUGAGUCGUGACACGGGACAGACUCACCGCGCGCGGCUGCACGGUCAUUGCGCUAUCUGCUUCUGUGCACUACACCCGAUGAAUGCAUGCGCGCUUGUUUGCAAACUGGUGGGCCCUACGUGUAAGCAAUGCGAGGCGAAGAUCGACCCGCUCCUGCUGAACCCACAGCGAUCUACGACGGAUCCCCGGGCUCGCCUCAUUCCGAUGCUUAAUGCUGGAAAGAAGGCCCCGCGGGCGACGAAACUGGUGACAAACUUGCUGAGUGCGCUUAUCAACAAAUGGAUUGCUGAGAAGGAGAAACCGGCUGAUCUUGCGCGGAGGUUCAGUAAUAUGAAGGAUGCAGAUGAAAUAAUUGAGCGAUAUAUCAAGAAACUCCGUGCGAUCCCUAAAAAUACAUCCCAGGCCAAGCGCCGUCGCUUCGCGGCGGUGGGUCCGUGGUGGGUCCCAGGUCGUGCAAUUGUGCUCCCUCGCGCUCUCCUGAAGCGUUUCCCCGUGGGUCCGACGUCCUCACAGCUCCUGCUUCCAGCCUUGACGCCAUACAUUGCGUGUGUGCUGAUCGGCGCGGCCUACUAA